CGCGCUGAUGCCGGCGGCUUUUUUCAUAUUCUUUUUCAUAUUCUUUUUCCUCAGAUUUGCUGUUGCGUGACCUUCCAAUCUAAGCCGCCCCAAUAUCGCGUAUUCCUCGCCAAUGUGUCGAUCAUGACGCCCCCAAAAUCUUCUCCCAUUCCUUCUGGCGUCGUCCCCCCUAUAACGCCGCCGUACGAGUCCGAAGGCCCUCCCGUCAAGGAAAAGCGAAGGCGGGCCGGAAAGCCCAAGGUUCGGACGGGCUGUGUAACUUGCAAAAUUAGAAGAAUCAAAUGCGACGAGCAGAAACCGGCGUGCCAAAGAUGCAUCUCAACAGGCCGAACAUGUGACGGCUACAAGCCUCUUACCAAACCAAAAGCGACCAGGAAACCGGGCUUUUCUCAACAGCUUUCAUCGUCCUCAUCAGUCAACUCAUCUUCAUCAUCACUAACACUGUUACGACCUCUGGUGACCAAUUUCAGCGGCGACAUGGUAGAGAGCCAGUAUAUCCAGCAGUUUUUGCCUCUGGCGGAGGAUUUGGUGGGAAUCACACAUAUUCACAAUACCUUCUUCUGGGGGCAUGUCGUACCGGAAUACUGCUUUACAUCAAAAGCAGUAAGGCAUGCUAUGGUCGCUCUCUCUUCUGCAUAUCACGAUUUUAAGCUUGCGGGAUCCAACCUCACCAUUUUUGGCCCACCAUCUAACACCGAGCGUUACAUUAUCAGACAGUAUAACCUCUCACUAAACCGAAUGGCCGAGGAAUUGAAUGGGUUGCCGAUGAGGAAACGUUAUGGAAUCAUCAUGAUAUGCUGCGUCUCCUUUUUCUAUAUAGAGAUUUUGCGAAGGAACUGGCCAACCGCCAUGAUGCAUCUCGCCAACGGCAUUCGCUUGAUGACAAAUCUACCAGACGCAGUUCAGGACAUCUUUCGACAUCCCGAGAUAUUCAGCCACGAUCGUGACAAUUCUCACGCUAGGGCAACCUACAUGACCAAGCUUCUUCGCCGGUGGGAAGGCUCUGCAGCCUUUAUGAGGAUAAAUUCACCACCAUCGCUAUCUCUCCAGGCAUACGAGACUAGGAAAAGCAACGUCGGGGGGGUCAAAGAGUUUACAUCGUUGGAGAAGCUACAAGAGCACGUUGACGAUUUAUUCCAGGAUAUCAAUGCUUUCAGUUGGAUGUGCAGACAGUACAACGGGGACGACGGUACUUGGGAUCACGCGGCUGCCCGAUUCCAGUUCGAUAUCCUACACCAGAGAUGCUACCAUAUCCGAGAGCUCCUCAAAAAGGCAAAGAAACUUUACGGAAACAUGGAGGAUGCCUCGAAUCCACGAGACUUUUUGAAAUUCAUGGGCUGUCUGCUUCGGCACCGCGGCGCGUCGAUUGCCCUUGAUUUUACGCCAUUGCCCCAAAUGGCGUUUACGCCCCCCGAUGAAGAGGAAGACAAAUUUCUGGAAGUUGCCAGUAUCGCAGAGACAAUCAAUCAAGCGUUACGGGUAUCUCUGGCGUCUGAAGCGUCUGGAUCCUCGCCGUGGUUCAACGUGGACUUUGGCGUUGUUACAACGCUUUACAUUGCGGCGUCAAAUUGCUAUACCGUCUCCAUGAGCGAAAAGUUGUUUCAAAUGAUGAUAAACUGGCCCUGGCGAGAGGACUUGUGGGACGGUCCAGAGUUAAGACGGCAGCUCUAUGACCUUAGGAAACCAAUUGUCGAAGUCCCAACGGCAACGACGCCCGACUCAGAAACACCAGUUCCGACGACGCCACAUCUCAUCAAACUAGCGCAUCGGCCUCCAUCCCGAGCAGCAGUGUCAACGACGCCGCCGUCCGAUGAUUAAUCGAUGCACCUCAUAUACCCUUUAUUCUUUCUCACACUCUCACGCUCUUCCCUCACUUGCUCCUCCUCAUUCUCUCUCUAUUCUUGAUUGACUUUUUUUUUACUGAAACGGACACUUUGGAAUCGAAAGUUAGCAUUAUGGCGCAAUCGGCAAACGGCUGGAAAGCAAGAACUCUUAUCGCUGCGAACGAGUUAGGUGCUAUGAAUUUUUAGACAUGAGCAGCG